AUGUUAUACUCAAUUAUUUUCAUUUGUCUUAUUUGUAUUUAUAAUAGUAAAAUUUUUGGUGAAACAUGUGUUUAUUCAUCGGAUCCAUUAGUUCGAUGUACAACACAAGGUCUUAUACGUGGUAAACGUUUGAAUUUUUCUGCUGAUAAAUCAAAUUUAACAUCGAAAUCAAAUGCAUCUGAAAGUGUUUAUGCCUUUCUUGGUAUUCCAUAUGGUGAACCCCCCUAUGGUGAAAAACGUUUUCGUAAACCAAUUCCUAAACGACCAUGGCCACGUGGAGUUAUUUAUAAUGCAACAAAAUUACCUAAUUCAUGUUAUCAAAUGAUAAUUGAUUUUUUUAAUACAACAGGUGAACAAAUCUGGAUCCCAUUUACACCAUUAAGUGAAGAUUGUUUAUAUUUAAAUAUGUGGAUACCAAUUAAUGAUCAACAAGAACCAUUAGCUGUUAUGGUUUGGUUUUAUGGAGGAGGUUUUGUAUCAGGAUCAAGUACAUUACGACUCUAUGAUGGUUCAAUAUUAUCAUCAACUCAAAAUGUCAUUGUUAUAUCAAUUGAAUAUCGUGUUGAAUCUCUUGGUUUUAUUUAUUUGGGUACACCGGAUGCUCCAGGCAAUCAAGGUCUUUUUGAUCAACAAUUAGCAUUAGAAUGGAUUUAUAGAAAUAUAAGAAAUUUUGGUGGUGAUCCACAACGUAUUACAUUAUUUGGUGAAUCAGCUGGUGCUGUUUCUGUUGGUCUACAUUUAUUAUCACCAAAAUCACGACCAUUAUUUAAUAAUGCUAUUUUAGAAAGUUCAGGUCCAAGUGCUAAAUGGGCUGUUUUAACACCACAAAUAGCAAAAUAUCGUUCAGAAAAAUUUUUAAAUGUUUUUACACGUUAUAUAACUGAACGUUAUGAAUCAGGUCCGAAUGAUUCUGAAUAUGCACAUAUACCAAAACAAUGUCGAAAACGUUUAAAUACAAUGGAAGACAAAUUUUUAUGUGUUAAAAAUUAUCCUAUUUUAAGUCAUAAUCAUUUUCGUUCAUCAUGGGCACUUGAAUCUUAUAAUGGUGGUCCUAUUGGUUAUACAUUUGUACCAACAAUUGAUGCUGAUUUUAUACCUUAUGAUCCUGAACAAAUGUUAAUUAAAAGAGAUUUUAAAAGAUGUCCUAUUUUAUUAGGUGUUAAUAAAGAUGAAGGUUCAUAUUUUAAUGUUUAUGUUCCAUAUGGAAAUAUGAGUAUUGAUUCAUGGCCAUAUGUUGAUUAUAAAACAUUUAAACAUGCUAUUAAAGAAUAUUUUCGAUAUAUGCCAACAUAUCCAACUGAACGAGCACCAAUGUUAUUAGAAAGUAUUAUACAAACUUAUACUAUAUGGAAUGAUUAUAAUAAUACAUUACAAAAUGCAAUACAACUUAGUUUAGCUGUUGGCGAUUAUCAUCUUACGUGUCCAACUGUGUUGCUUGCCGAUAUUUAUGCUCAAGACAAUGUUCCUGUAUAUUUUUAUCAUUUUACUUUACGUGCUUCUAUAAGUCCUUGGCAUCAAUGGAUGGGUGUACUUCAUGCUGAUGAAUUAAUGUUUGUUUUUGGUGAACCAUUGAAUAUAACCGAUGAUCUUCAUUAUACAGAUGAAGAAGUAAUUGUUAGUCAAAAAAUGAUGGCUUAUUGGGCAAAUUUUGCUAAAUAUAGUAAUCCAAAUCAAGGACAUGAUACACAAUGGAUAAAUGAAUGGCGUCCUUAUAAAUGGCCAAGUCGGGAACAUAUUGUAUUAAAUAUUGAUUUAAGUAGAAAUCAUUCUCCUCAACAUGGUUCAGCUCUUCGUGCUGAUUAUUGUUCAUUUUGGUUGGAUUUUGUACCUAAAUUAACAAGCGCUACUUCUAAUAUUAGUGAAGAUGAAAUACGAUGGAAACAAGAAUUUCGUCAAUAUCAAGAACGUACACAACAAUGGGAUUAUUAUUAUGCGAAAUAUUUAGAAUUACUUGAAAAAAAUCGAGAAAAACUUUAUAAUUGUCUUGGUUAG